AUGGAAAACUGUGAAAAAACUGAAGGGAAAGAUCAAGAUGACAAGGUGAUGGAUGUUGAUGGUAGCUGGAGAUCUUCGAAGUUGAUUGACGUGCUGAGAAGCUUCCUUGGAAUUCAACAAAGGAGAGCAGAAGCCUACUCAAAGCUACGGAGGUACUGAAAAGCCCUAAUCCAUUUCUGUUUUAUUCAUGUGUGAGCUCAUCUCCUUGUUUCCAUGGCAGUUAGUUCUCCCAUGCGUUUUAAGACGUACUCAUUUUCAUCUAUGAUUUUCUUCGUGUCAAGUAAUUUUUAGACGAGUUCAAUGAUAAAAUUAUAAAAAUAAAUAUUUUUUUAAUUUAAUGUGGUUUGGCACAUUCGGCCAUUGGAGAUAGAUAAAUACACAUCUGUGAUUGCAUUUAUUAUAAUAAUUGCUGACAUUGUUUUAAGAUGUGGUUCCAUAGUUCUCGAAAUUUUAUGGCUUGCCUGCUAUCAUGGUGCCUAUUAAAAGAUAUUUUUUUAUAUUUCUAGUUGUAUAAUGGGCUUUUCUGAAAGGGGAAUAUUACUUGGGGUUUUUGAGAAAAUGAACCGCCGCAGAAAAAUAUGUAAAGAAACCAUAUGAUUUCUCACAUAAGAGAGAAAUCGGUGUUUAAUGUCUCACAUAAGCUUUUGUGCUCUUCGGUGAUUUCAUUCUGUACAUCUGCUUAGUUCCAUCUAGAAAUUAAAUUAUUUAAAUCUUAUUGGUAUGAACUAUUUGGUUGUCUCCAUAGGGGGUUUUCUGAAUACAUGGUCAGCGGAGGAGACUCAACCUACCAAGAGCUAUGUGCGGAGGUUACAGCAGAGUUCAGCGAUUGCUCAAAGCGAGUGGGUCAAAACAUUCCUCUCUCGAUUUAAAUCUUUUGUGAGGGGAAGAUCCCAGAUGAAGAAAAACUCACUGCAGGUUCUUGAAAUGGAAUCGCUGCUGGCUGACCCAGAUUUGUGCCGGGGCGAUCUGUCCGCCCUUCUGAAGGCUGUUCAAGAACAGGAGAAGCACAAGCUGCGACUGGUAAGUUCUUAUUUUUUGCUCUCAUCCUUCAUCAUAAUUAAUUUAAGAGCAAAAUAAAUAAGCCAAUCCGCCAGACAAGUUCACCAAAACGGAUUUGGGUUCCCCAUUAGUGAUACUGAAGGCCGUCCAAGAACAGGAGAAGGAGAUACUGAAUUUAGUAAAAAAUAAUUAAUUUUUUUUGCUCUUUAAAAAUAAAAAUUAAGAGCAAAGAUCAAUACACCACUCUGCUAGACAAGUUCCGAAGCAGACUGAGGGUUCCCAUUUGAUCAAAUCAUUUGCUAUUUCUACACAUGUGGCAACAGACGGCGCAGAUCCAGGUGCUGAAGAAGGCGGGCCGGCCCUCGGAGCAGCUGGUGAGCCAUGAGGGCUGCUCCAGGGGGCCUUCAGAGCAUGAGUGCGUCCACAUCCGGCAGCUGACGGAGGCUGAUGGUGUAGAGGACGCAGAGGCCGAUGCCGCAUAUGACGAGGCCCUCAAGGGCGCCAUCAGGGGCGUGCAGGAGGCUGUGACCUGCAUCAACGAGCAUCUGGAGGAGGUCCGCUACGAGAUCGAGGCCCUCAAGGCAGAGCAGCUUGAAGAGCUCCUGGAGAGGUCAGCGGCAGUGAAGAUCGGCUGA